UGUCGGGGAGAUGCUUAGAUGUGGUAAGACUCUUUUGCCUGGAACCAGACCCUCAAGUAGUUACUUACCCAGUGCCAACCCCUCCCUCACUGCAGACUGCCCUUUGGACCUACUACGGCGCCGUGAACAUCAGCAUUGAAACCCUCUUGUUUGCUGUUCCCAGCGUCUUGAUUUACCGACUGCGAAUGCGCCUACGGAAACGGCUCGUCGUGAUCGGAUGCUUGAGUGUUCGGACCCUGUAGGUCUUCCACCUUUUCUUUCUCGUUAUCCUCUCAUGUCGCUGACCCAGAUGACCCGACCACCUUCAAUACUAAUCGCAAGGGUGAAUGUGCAAUGAUAGAGACAUCCUCGUCGCCGCCGUCCAACUCCACUUUGUCCACGGAUUCGACCCCCGCCCAUCCCUCCCGGCCAACCUAUACCCCUGGAUGCUCUGCAGCCAGGUCUUGCAGACCGUCACGAUCGUUGCCGCCUGCGUGCCAUAUCUCCGGGAGUUCUUGGAAUCGUUUCCCAGUGGAAUGCUGAAGCCGGCAGGAGUCGAGCGGACUACCGGGUUGAGGUAUGGGUCUGGAACAACCAGGCUGUUGGAUAGUGAUUCUGGCGUGUCACCGUGAUUUUGCUUUUUGAGAUAGACUGGUUACUUCUUGUAUCCUUUUAGAGUUGAUGGCUGGAGCCUGCAAGUUUUGAUCCCGGUGUUUUGUUAAAGAUGUCCAUUUGUCGUACUAGGAUACACGAUAGGGCUCUGCGUGCUCGGGAGCCAUAUAAGGCACCAACCUCAGUGGCACAAGGGAGGCACAGAGCCACCCUUAGAUGCAGAUCUUGUACAUUUAGC